AUGCCACUCAUCAAGCUCUACUUCACUCCUGCACUGCUGCUCCUGGUCCUCAGCUGUCCUCAGAUCAGCCAGUCUGUGCCAGUGAUGAGUAAAGGACCAGUGACAGACUCCUGUGUUUUCUACGCACAGACGCUCCUACAGAACAUCACUGACACACUCAUGCAGAAUGACCUGUUCAGUGGAAUCGACUGCACAGAGCAGAGUAUGGAGCUGAACACGGAGACUAACACGCCGUCUGUGUGUGCACCAAAGGAAUCAACAUGCUCAGGAAUCGUCAAGUCAGAAUUUGAUCAGGAGUCAUGUCUGACAAACAUCAGGGAGGAUCUGCGUCACCACUACAAACUUUUGGCUGCUCAGCCGGACCCCAACAGUUUACUGGCUCCAACCGUUCUGUUCAGCCUCAGAGAGCUCAUGGAGAACUGCUUUACAUGGUCCCUGCCAACAGACCUGCCAACAAAGGAGGCUGCUGCAGACCGUCCCAGCACCUACGAUGAGAGACUGAGCCUCUGCAAAGUGCUGAAGGGCUUCCAGGUCCGCAGCAUCACGAUCAACAGAGUCAUGGCAUACAUGAACUCUGGUGAACACACUAAAUGAGUCUUUGAGCUCUAACAUGCAGAACCAUUUUACUUACAAAUAACAUAAACUACAGUAACAGUUCAUGUUACAUUCAAAUGAUCUAGAAAACACUUCAGGCUACUUUUUAGAGCACAUAUUUAUUAUUUUAGUCAUGUAAUUUAUAUUUGGC